AUGGGUAAAAGAAUUGUGGUGUCAUUUUUCAUCCUUUUCAUCACUCUACACAACAUCUUUACAGAAGCAGCUCCACGAGACAAGGAGAAGCUAUUGAAUUUCACGAAUUUAAGAGUGUGUCAAGCAGAAAGAUUUUCCACAGAAAAAAUGGGCUCCUUAGCGGUUGAAUUGUGUAAUGGAAAUCGAGAUUGUCCAAAUGGCGAAGAUGAGGAACCGAACAUGUGCAUGUUUCAUUCUUUGAAUCAAGGAUCAUUGCGUCAAUUGCAGCGGGACUUUUUGAGAUUCAGUGGUGCUACACCGUCGUCAAGUACACCCUAUGAAUUCGUGAAAAUCAAGUCU